AUGCCAACCCCUGAAUCUGCCGCCUUCCUGGCCAAAAAGCCCACCGUCCCACCAACCUACGACGGCGUCGACUUUGAAGACAACGUCGCCGUGCACAACGCGCGCGACGCUAUUAUUCGCGAACAAUGGGUACGGAGCAUGAUGGCGCGCCUAGUCGGCGAGGAAUUGGGCAAGUGCUAUGCUCGUGAAGGCGUGAAUCAUUUUGAAAAGUGUGGGAAGCUUCGGGAGAAAUAUUUCGAGCUGCUCAAGGAUCGCAAGAUCAAGGGUUACUUGUUUGAAGAGAAGAAUUAUUUCAGCAAGGCGGGCGAGGAGGGCAAGUCGUCAUAG